GCUCUCUUUGGGCUGUGUCCCUGCUGAUGGGGAGAAGGGGAAGAGAGAAACUCAGCCCUUGGCCUGGCCCCAGCCCUACAGUGAUCUCAUGUCUCCCCCAGCUUCCUCCUCCCGGCCCAGCUGCAGCCAGCUGCAGCCCCUUUGAGCCUCUUCAUAUCACCUCCAAAUAAACAAAUAAACAGAUUUGCAGAGCUUCUGAAGCCAUUUCCAACACUGACCCUGAACCUUGCCUCAUCCUUGACCCAAGGGUCUUGAGAUAUUCCCAAUCCUUAGCCUUAUCAGGACCACUUCUCCUACCCAUCUUCCUCAUCACCUCUAGGCUAGCUGUGCCUGCUUCACCCCUCUUACCCUUCCAGGGAAGGGAGGACAGGGCAGUCUAGCCUAUGUGUUUGUUACCCUAAAUUGUACUCCUCAGGGGGAGGAAGAAAUUGAUUGCCCUUGUCUUGUAUCUCCUGGGCACAGAGGCUCUUCCUUGUUCCCAGAAUCAGAGUCUGGAUUGGUGGGGGCGGAGCUAGGUGUCAGUCUGCAGCUGGGCUUCUGGACGUAAGGAGGACAGUCUUCCCUCCUCAUGAGGCAUCCAGUUCGUUAGUGCAAUGAACAGUACAGACAGUGCUGGGGAAGGCAGGGCAAGAGAGGGGGUUGCUAUGAUGUCCUAGAGAAGCUGGGAACAGAACCGGGCUGUGAAGGAUGGAGGAUCUGAAGGGGGUGAGCAGAAUUCCAGGAAGAGGAACUCCCAUGUGCAAAGACAUGAAGGAUGGAGUGAGUUCAGUUAUUUACUGCUCAGCCUAGGGAGGCGCUGGCCAGGAUCUUGUCGUCUAGGCCCUCCCAGUCUAGUGACGAGAUAAGAUUCAGCACAGCUUUCAUGUGAUGCACUAUACAAUGUGCCUGUGAGACCAAACCUUGGAUGGGGUCAUUGCAUCCAGAGGAGCCCAGGAGGAGGCAUUGCCUCCACUGCAGCAACUGCACCCACAAUGCAGAGUAUCAAGUGUGUGGUGGUGGGCGAUGGGGCGGUGGGGAAGACGUGCCUGCUCAUCUGCUACACGACUAACGCCUUCCCCAAGGAGUACAUCCCCACAGUGUUCGACAAUUACAGCGCCCAGAGUGCAGUGGAUGGGCGCACAGUGAACCUGAACCUGUGGGACACAGCGGGCCAGGAGGAGUACGACCGCCUCCGCACACUCUCCUACCCUCAGACCAACGUCUUUGUCAUCUGUUUCUCCAUUGCAAGUCCACCCUCCUAUGAGAAUGUGCGGCACAAGUGGCACCCAGAGGUGUGCCACCACUGCCCUGAUGUGCCCAUCCUCCUGGUGGGCACCAAGAAGGACCUGAGAUCCCAGCCUGACACCCUACGGCGCCUCAAGGAGCAGGGUCAGGCGCCCAUCACACCGCAGCAGGGCCAGGCACUGGCCAAGCAGAUCCAUGCUGUGCGCUACCUCGAGUGCUCGGCCCUGCAGCAGGACGGCGUCAAGGAAGUGUUUGCCGAGGCUGUCCGGGCUGUGCUCAACCCCACACCGAUCAAGCGUGGGCGGUCCUGCGUCCUCUUGUGACCCUGGCACUCAGCUUGGAGGCUGCCCCUGCCCCCCCACCAGUUGUGCCUUGGCGCCUUGUCUGCCCCCAGCUGUGCCUUAAGGACUAAUUCUGGCACCCCUUGCCAGGGGGCUCCCUGAAUGCCUAUUUCUCCUUAAGGAGGCCCACAGGGAAAGGGGCUUUGGGCCCUGCCCCAAUCUGCUUGGGAAUUCCAGGUAUUCUUGAGAGCUCACCCAGGCCAAGGUUGGAUCCCUCCCUAAGAAGCCAACCCAGUGCCGCCUCCCCAUUUUCCCCUACUGACCAGUUGAUCCAGCUUUCCACACAGAUGUUGCUGCCUACUGUGGUGCCUUCCCUCAGGUUAGGGGCUGUCAGCUGUCCCUAACCUCUCCCUUGCUGCUCUUCGAAUUGCUCCCCCCUCAAGAUGCUCUCUUCCUCAAAGGAAUCACAGAAUCCUGAGAAGAUGAAUGUGCCCUAACUUGCCCCCAUGUGCCCAGGCCUUAUGCAUUGCUGACUGAUUCAGCCCCCCACCCCACCCCCUGGGCUCCUACCCCCAUCAGCAUCAAUAAAACCUCCUGUGUCCAAUA